CGUUGCCAGGGAAGUUAGUGCUGUGUCAGUGACAUGAUGAGCCAUUUUUACAUUGUAGCAUCAGUUCACAACAAUACAUUUUUAAAUAAUUAGCAUUGACGUUAAACAACAAAACUGGUUAGUUAGCCACAUUAUAGCAAGCUGACUAGCAACGUUGUAACACUAGCAAAAAUGCGGCCACAAAGACAACAGACCAACAACAAUACAGCCAUUACAGGAAGGUGUCUUUCUCCCACGGUCAACAGCUAUAAACUGCACUUUACAGCAGUGAACUCUCAAAUACCAGAGAGAAAUGUUCAGAGACCACUGGACGUCCGAUGGUCUAAAGACUUUACAAACAGGAUAAACAUGGACACCAUGAAAAUUAAUCCACCAAGACAAGACAGCAAGCUUAAUGCAGACCGUGGCGGCGGCAGGCCUCUCCACACCCCUGUGCUGGCGUUUGUCAGUGAGUUUAUGGGCCCUGAGCGUCCCCUCCUACCCCCUGCUGCUGCUCUACCCAGUGGGCAGACUGGUGACCUGGGGCCACAGCCACACAGAGUGAAGCCUAGGAGAGCAACCCACAGUGCAGGGGCCAUCAACUCCCACAGUACCUCACCCCUCACCCUGACAACUGGACCAGGUGAUGCCAUAUCAUUGAGUGAGAAUUCUCCCUCUAGUUUUCCAAUUGCCUUUCGUUCCUGUGAUGAUUGUGCUUUGAGUCCUGAGCGACUAGAUUUGGACAGGCGUGGUCUGGAGGAGUGUCCCCUGCUGGAGGGCAUGGGUAGGCUGCGGCUGCUUAACUUUCAGCACAACCUCAUCACGCACAUCCACAAUCUGUCUCAUCUGCGGCACCUGGCUUUCCUAGACCUGUAUGACAACCACAUCUCCCAGAUGUCUGGCAUCUCAGCCCUGGCCUCUCUCAGAGUGCUUAUGCUGGGCAAGAACAGAAUCCAGAGGAUAUGCAGUCUGGAUAACCUGACUAAACUAGAUGUUCUGGACUUGCAUGGCAAUCAGAUCUCCCAGAUAGGGAACCUCUCCCACCUGUCUGAGCUGCGCGUGUUGAACCUGGCAGGGAACUGCAUCUCCAGGGUGGACAACCUGCAGGGCCUGGACUCACUGACCGAGAUCAACCUGAGACGCAACUGCAUCUCCACUGUGACAGAGGUGGACCAGCUGCCCUGCCUUCAGCGCCUCUUUCUCAGCUGCAACAGCAUUACCAGUUUUGAUGAGCUAGCCUGCCUGGGAGAGUCGUGCUCCCUUUCUGAGCUCACCCUGGAUGGGAACCCAGUAGCCCUGGAGACAUGGUACAAGCAGGCCGCCCUGCGCUGUGUGCUUCAACUCAGACAGCUGGACAUGAAACGUGUCACGGAGGAGGAGAGACGUAUGGCCUGCGUCACGGCCCGGAAGGAGGAUGAGAAGAAGAGGGAGAGUCACAAGCAGGCCAUGCACAAGAGUCCUGCUCAUGUUGCGCCUCAGCAGUUCUACACUCAACUUGGACUCAAGUCUCAGGACUCCUCAGUGACAAGCAAGGAGAAGCGGCGUUUGGCCAUCCGUAAUGCAGCACUGCAGUGGGAGGGGGUCAGGGCCUGCCUGGAGCUCCCGGCUCAGAACGGAGCCAAGGAGGAAAUCAGCCCUGAGGCAAGCCCCGCCCACAGUCCCGCCCAGACCAAUGGCCUUGCACUGGAACCUUCUCCGGAUGAGCAGCUCAGACGGGUGAGUCCGCUGUCGGCUCCGGACAGGCCAACAGGGGGCAGUGAGACCCGGAUACGCUCCACCAGUCGCCCCAACAGUCCUCGAGACCCCAAGUUGGUGGGUGGAGGGUUGGCCAGGCUCCUGGAGGCAGGGGGUGCCAACCUGCAGAGCCUCUCCCUGUCAGACAGCCACCUGGCGGAGCUGGAUGGGGAAACCCUGCGCCUGUUUGGCCUCGGGGCCCUGGAGGCCCUGGAGAGAGGCUGGGGGGUCCAGACUGCAGGGGCCGUCACUGUCAUAGCCUUCCGCUACAUCCACUUUGAUGCGAUCGUGCCAACACUGCCACGCAUAAGGGUCAAGUUCCCUAACCUAUCUCACCUGAUUUUCCUGGAAACCAACAUCAGCCGUCUUCCCCAGCUGGCUGCUCUGGCCCAGGUGAGACGUCUGGACCAGCUGACCAUCCACCCAGUGGGGAACCCUGUAGUCAGCCUUUCCCUGUGGAGAUCCUUCCUCAUCUAUCGCCUGCACCACUUCAACCUGCACAAGAUCAACAACCUGGAGGUGACCAUGAAUGACAUGAUCUCUGCAGAGCGUCUGUUUGGGACGCUGGGUCAUAUCGCUGCCACCGAGACACCACGCUGCCGCCUGCUAGUACUGCUGGAGGAGUCCAGGAAGCGUCAGCUGCAGUUUCUGUUGGAGGGGCGUGGGCGCCGUGCAGGCUUGAGCCCAGAGGAGCUGCGUGACAACGGCAAGCUGCUGGGAGAGGGCCUGAGCAGAGCCCUGUUCAACUACCCCAGUAGAGACUGCUGCAGUGUGGGAGCGGAGAGCCCAGAGGAGGGUGCUAUGGAGUCGUCAUCGGAGCGCGGAGCCAUGAUGGAGCAGUACAUACAGGCUCAGGUCCAGAGGGCAUCUGACACCAACCUGAAGAGGGAUUCCCUCCACAAGCUGUGGCCCUCCAUGUUCAUGGAGAUGGUGAGAGACUGUGUGCUGGAGAUGAGGGACCGACCGGCCUUCCGUCAGGCCUGCCUCAACAGGCUCUCCACACAGGGAAAGUGAGAGGGUGAGGGGUAGAGACCUGGUAAAACUCCAUAAGACCUACAGUACAGCAAACUGGACACAUACUGGAAACAGGUAGAGCAUACUGGACAUAUACUAGAAACAGGUACAGCAUACUGGACACAUACUAAAAACAGGUACAGCAAAAUGGACACAUACUAGAAACAGGUACAGCAUACUGGACACACUAGAAACAGGUACAGCAUACUGGACACAUACUAGAAACAGGUACAACAUACUGGACACAAUAGAAACAGGUACAGCAUACUGGACACACUAGAAACAGGUACAGCAUACUGGACACAUACAUACUGGAAACAGGAUACUGGACACCUACUGGAAACAGGUACAGCAUACUGGACCUACUGGAAACAGGUACAGCAUACUGGACCACUUCUUCUACUACAGCAUAUUGGACACUCUCAUGCUGCUCUGUCUCACCACGUUAACUCGUCUUCAUCAUCACGUGGUCAGUCAGUCAGGUUUUGGGGAAUUUUGGGGUUCGAUUCUUUUCAUAACUGGAAAAACGUAUUCAGAUCGAAGAUGGAUGUGGAUUUUUUUUUAAAGGCAAUUUUGGGGGGGGUUCUCACCAGCCGGGCCUCAUAAGCUUGAAUGCUCAUUAUCAUGGAAAAGACAAUAUUGAUGCUUGUUCUAUACUCUGUUCUUCCUAUUCAACUUGAUUCCAGGAUGCACAGAGCUAUAGAGCUAUAUACUUGAGAAAGUCAUUGUGAGCGUACAUUGUCAUCCCUAAAGAGGAACACUCUUUGCACUUUAAAGCCUUCAUAAAGACCCUGUUCAUGAUCUCCAGCUGAAGAUUACAAUGAGUGUGUCCCAUUGAGCCUAGGAUGAUUGUGUCAUGAUAAUCCUCUUCUUAAUGUUACUCUCUCUCUCUGCCUGGCGUGAUGACAAGGGCACAAAAUACACAUUUUCUUUUCGGACCACUCAUUUUCUGUAUUGUACUUAGUAAUAAAAUAUUCCUUAAC